AUGAUCAAAUCCAUAUUCUACACCCGCUUCCAUCCAGAGAAAGGUUCACGAGUCGUCCAUCAGGUCCCCGAUGGUUCCAUCAUACCUUCCACCAAACCAUGCGCCCUGUUCGAGCCUCUCUUCGAUUUCUCCAGCAUAUCCGAAUAUGUCAUCCCACGGCAGGAGUUCUGCGACCGCCUCGUAACCGUCUGCUGCAACCGCUACCGCGUCAUCGGGUACCCAGUGUGCAUCAACGACGAGAGCAAGUAUGAGCGCAACCAAUUCAUAUUCAACUUCGCGUUUGUGGUCGAGGAAGACCUGCUGGAUUGGAAUAGCUUUGCCAGCGUAGUGCGCAAGCUGGGCAAACUAUUGCGCAAUCUGGAAGAGCAGGGCAGCUUUUUGAGCAAAGAAGAGGCGGGCGAUGUCUUGGGUUUUGGAGAUAUGGGGAAGGGACAGGCAGGGCAGAAAAAGUCGCAGAGGCCUGAUUCGAUGGCUGAGAGCAUCGAGUCUUUCGGCCUCGAUAAGCUCAGCUUGGAUACUGAAGAUACGGAUGUUGAGGAAUCGGGGCCGGUGAGCAAGGUGUAUGCACUUUGUGAGAUGAUAUUGGAGGAUCUGAACAACUACUGCGAGUGCAUGUUCCCGAUUGAUGACUCCAAUAUCAUAAACCUCAAGCUCUUCCCGACUCGCCUUCCUCCUGCUCCGGUACACGCAUGGCACGUUCCGCUCUUGACCAUCGAUCUCGAGAUGUAUACCGCACCGUCCAGCAUGAACCCGCACACCUUCAGCAGCCGCUGCGCGACGCUAUCCUCGGACCUCACGCUCACACGCAUCCUACCCUUCAUUGACGGUAUCAAUUCCGUCUCGUACAUAUCACAACUCGCCGACACAGACUUGAGCCUAACACGGAAGGCCGUCCAGCACCUGGUCUACUACGAAUGCGUGAUCCUACUCGACAUCUUCCAGUUCGGCGCCAUGUACGCGCCCACACCACUCAUCGCGCACUUCUUCAUGGACGAGGCAGCCAUAGCCGAAUGCGCACGCUACGUCCGGAUCCCACGCUUCCUAGACACAUCCGUCGGGGACGCGACAUCGAUCUUCCCACUCACCGAAACGAAGACCGAGAACGCAGCGGGCGAGCCCGUCACCGCGGCCGGGCUAGGCCGGGGCCAUAGCCGUAACCCCAGCGCCGGCAGCGUGCGGUACGCGCCGCCGACAGCAGCAGCAUCGACGACGGGCAGCCCGACGCAGCGCCCGCAGCGCUCCUCGACCAUAAGCACACAAGCGAGUGCGGGCUUCGCGAACCUGAUCCUGGCGCCCAACCAGCCCAGCAUCUCGGCCGAGACGCUGAUCCUGCUGUACAGCUCGCUGCGGCAGGGCGUGACGCUGCGGACGUGGGUGAUGGAGAACCAGGCGCUGUUGGCGCACAUUGACGUGCGCCGGCUGGUCACCUUCGGCGUCAUCAAAGGCUUCCUGUACCGCGUGCAUAAAUACGCCAUCACGACGUCGGCCGGCGCCCUCGCUGGCACCACGGCCCGCUACGAUGGCUUCGACCACUUGCAUGGCAUCCGCUAUCGCGGCGGCGACGUCAAGCACCAGAGCGUCUACGUGCCAAGUGAGGAGGGCGAUGGCAGCGUCGGCGGCCGCGAACUGCCUCUCGCGAGGUAUUUGGAUGGCCUGCACUGCUUUGAUGAGAUUUGUACGGAGCUGGGCAUGGGGGAGAGGGAGGUCGUGGCCAAGAUGCGCAAGGGGUUUAGCGAUGUGUUGAUCGUAAAUCGGUGA